GUUAACCUACUGUGGCUCUUAGUGUUCGAGCUGCCUUCGAACCUUCCAUGUUCGCAGUGCAGGUGCCCGCAUCGUGCAUCGUUCUUUCACAAUAAUCGUCCUUGGGUGCUGGUAGCCAGAGCGUGGCGACCUAAGGGAAAGCCACUGAUGCCAAGUGGUCUACAAGGAGAACCGGAACUGGCCGGUUCCCUGAAGGUCGAAGGGAACUCGAAGAUUCGAUUAAAAAGAUGAAGGGAUGGUUCGACGCUUUCCGUAUAGACGGAGGACCCACGUUGUAUAGCUAUAGUAAUCGUACACCUGUCACGGGAGAUGUUCCUCUAGUGAUUGUGUUUGUUAUAUUCGGCACCAUCUUUACCGCGUUCCUUGUCAUAUUUCCUGGAAUACGAAAGGAGCGUAUUAGCACGUUCCUCACGGUGACAUUGAGCCUUUUCGUUGGAGCGUCGAUCCAAGUCGCUCAGUAUGGAUCAUCCUGGCACACCAGUUCCGCCACCAUUGUUAGCACAUACAGUGCAUUCUCGAGACAGAAAACUGCUGCGGAAAUCGGAGGAUAUAUCGGUCUGAUGCAUAUAAACAUCACCUACAGGCUGCUACCAAGUAGCGAAAAUCCAAUGGACGACGUGGAGUAUAACGAAAGAUUCUGGUGGAGGAGUACAGGAGAGAUGACGAGUGCCUUUAAGCAAGCAUUGAACCAGGGUGCACCGUUUCCUAUAGUUUCUCUAGCCGAAUACUUCAGUCUUCAUCAAGAAGGCUUUUCCUGGGGAAGCAAAUAUCGACAAGCUGGUUACUACGCGUCGCUAAUGCUCUGGACGUCCUUUACUUCUUGGGCCAUGAUGAACCUGUUAUUAAUAAUAGUGCCACGAUACGGCGCUUACGGCAUGAUCUUCACCGGGAUAUGUAUGCUUCUGACCAAUUUAAUCUACUGGGCACUUUUACCUUGCGAGCCUCUCAUUGCACAUAUCGAUGGUUCCAUUCUUGCUUUUAAUUUGGGAUGGAAUUAUUGGCUUGUAUUGUUAGCUGGUAUCGGAUGUAUGUUCACUGGAGUGGUGAUUACGGCGAUAGACAUGAUCUUUCCUCAUCAGUUCUCUACGAUAUUGGAAGUUGAUUACGAUACGCCGUACGACAGACAUGUUAUCAUAGAAGAGAGUUUCGAUACGAGGAACGUCAGGCGAAGAUUACCUAAAAUCGAGGAUUCAUUUGGUGAUCGUAUAAUAAGUCAAUUGUCUUCCAAGCUACAAAAUAGACACGAUAUCAAGGAAGAGACACAAGGUGUGAUAAAUCGAGGAUAUACGUCACACGAGCCUUCAGAAUUUCACCAUGACUCUAAUGAAGAUUCAUCAAAGAACAACUGGUCUUAUCCGUUUCCAUCGUCUUCACGUAGACCUAUCAAUACUUGAUUAUAAAUGCUACAUAAUCUUUUAGUGUUAACAAAUUCCUCAAUAUGUUUCAACAGAAGUUUUUGUUCAUUUAAAACUGUAAGUUUAGCCCUAGAACUCCUAUGGAGAAAGAAAGGGAAUAAACAGUAACUACAAUGAAA